UACAUGGCUUUAACUCUUAAACGGUGGGAAGUGACUGCAAUCGACAGAAGUGUGCGCAGGAGCAAAUAUGGGGUAUUUUCCUGAUCUUUCCAUCGAGACCUGGACUUUAAUAGUCUUUUUCUUAACCCUAAUCGCAGUAUAUGGAUAUGCUCCAUAUGGCCUUUUCAAGAAACUAGGCAUCCGUGGACCCAAACCUAUGCCCUUUAUUGGGACAUUUUUGGGGUACAGAAAGGGCGUUCACAAUUUUGACACAGAAUGCUAUCAGAAAUAUGGAAAGAUGUGGGGGUUGUACGAUGGCAGGCAGCCUAUAAUCGCUACAAUGGACACGGCUAUUAUCAAAACAGUCUUGGUUAAGGAAUGUUAUUCUGUCUUCACUAACAGACGGGAUAUUGGCCUAAAUGGACCCUUGCGUGAUGCCGUAUCAAUAGCAGAAGAUGAACAAUGGAAGAGGAUUCGUAGUGUACUUUCACCGUCAUUCACCAGCGGGCGCCUGAAAGAGAUGUAUACAAUAAUGUUGCACCACUCAAGUAAUCUGAUCAAGAGCCUUCACAAGAAAGUAGAGGCGGAAGAAGUCAUAGAUGUUAAAGAUGUAUUCGGACCAUACAGUAUGGAUGUUGUGACCAGCACUGCCUUCAGUGUGGACAUUGAUUCCAUCAACCAUCCUGCUGAUCCUUUUGUAUCAAACAUCAAGAGAAUGGUUAAGUUCAACUUCCUGAAUCCCUUGCUUGUGCUUGUCGUUCUGUUUCCAUUCUUGGGAGGAAUUCUUGAAAAGAUGGAUGUGUCAUUCUUCCCUGCUGAAGUGUUAAGUUUCUUCUACAACUUUCUAGCAUCUAUCAAAUCCGACCGGAGCAAUAAGGAUCAUAAGAAAAGAGUGGAUUUCAUGCAGUUGAUGGUGGACUCUCAGACUUCAAAGAACAAAGACAAUACAAGCUCCAACAAAGGACUGACUGAUCACGAGAUCCUGUCCCAGGCAAUGAUAUUCAUCUUUGCCGGCUAUGAAACCAGUAGCAGCACACUUGGAUUUGUAGCCUACACCCUGGCAACUCACCCUCACACUCAAAAGAUCCUGCAAGAGGAGAUUGAUGAAACCUUCCCAGAAAAGGGUCGGCCAACCUAUGAAGCUGUGAUGCAGAUGGAAUACCUGGAGAUGGUGAUUAAUGAGGCGAUGAGGCUGUACCCUAUUGCUAAUCGAUUAGAGAGAAUGUCAAAGUCAUCCGUGGAGAUAAAUGGUGUGACCAUCCCUAAAGGAACUGUCAUAAUGGUACCAAUUUACACUCUCCACCGUGACCCUGAUUUGUGGUCAGAGCCUGAGGCCUUCAAACCUGAAAGGUUCAGCAAAGAGAACAAAGGCAACAUAGAUCCAUAUGCCUUCCUGCCCUUUGGAGCAGGGCCAAGGAACUGCAUUGGCAUGCGAUUUGCUCUCUUGAUGAUGAAGUUGGCUUUGGUAGAGAUCCUUCAGAACUUCAGCUUUGUCACUUGCAAGGAGACAGAUAUUCCAAUGGAGCUGGGAGUUGAUGGAUUUACUACACCCAAGAAUCCUAUCAAACUGAAGCUGGAGCGCAGAGCAACCGAUGCCGGUUCUCCCUCAAGCUAAUUCUUAGUUUAUCUGCAGCAACUAUCUCUCUUUUUCGAAACCAGUCUACAGCAUAACAGUUUAUUAAUAACAAAUGUAAGGACACCAUUUAUUGACAGAACACCAUGUUAACUUGUCUCAAAAAGGUUGGUUCUACAACAGAAAAAACUGCUUAUGUUUUUGUCAUUUUGAUUUACUCAGAUAACUUGUUUUUCUAUGUAUUUUGACUCACCAUAUGAUUCUUUAACUUCUUUAAAUCUUGAAUAUUACAGAUUAACCAUUGUGUAAUCACCAUUAUGACUAAGUAGGACUAUGCCACAAUAUAUAUUCUAUAGAAUUAUAUUGCAAUGUGUUAUCACUAUAUAUGCUCAUAUGUAAAUGCUGUUGCUUUUAAUUUGAAAUAGUUUUAUAACAUGAUCAAGUUCAACAACAUUACUAUUGUAUUUCAUCUCAAAAACUCCUAGUAGAGAGUUCAAAUAGGCUCAAAUAUCCAGCUUUGCUUGUUUCCAUGGUGUUGGCAUUAUCUGGUUUGCUGUGCUCUUUGCCUGCUUUUCUAAGAGGUUGGAGCUGAGGGCUUCCUAAGUAGGCUUCACUCAGGAAACAGUGUUUGAGAUUGCAACAGAUAAUGACCUCAUUCUGUAUCCCUUUCACAUUAUUGAUAUUUUUGCAAUCACAUAUGAUUUGUACUUGUAUUUUUUUCCAUCUAUCUAAUAAAAAUGCUUAAACUAA